AAUCGAAGCGCACGGUGAAUUUUGGCCCUUUUUAGCGCAAAAAGCGAACUUGGGGAAAGGAGGAAUAGGAUCGAUCGGUAGGGUUGGGGAGAGAGAGAGAGAGAGAGAGAGAGAGGAGAUGGAGGGAGGAGCUAAGCCGACGGAUACCGAGAUGGCGGAGGCCGGAGGGCAGCCACCGCCGCCGCAGGCUGCUCUGCCGCAGCAGGGGCUGGAGAGCGUCCAGGCGACGCCCAGCCACGGUGGCCGGUUCGUCCAGUACAACAUAUUCGGGAACAUCUUUGAGGUCACCUCCAAAUACCAGCCGCCCAUCAUGCCCAUCGGCAAGGGCGCCUACGGAAUCGUCUGCUCGGCUUUGAAUUCGGAGACGCAGGAGCAAGUGGCGAUCAAGAAGAUCGCCAACGCAUUUGAUAACAAGAUCGAUGCCAAGAGGACGCUGCGUGAGAUAAAGCUUCUCAGGCACAUGGAUCAUGAAAAUAUUGUUGCAAUCAGAGAUAUAAUACCGUCCCCCAUACGGCAGGCAUUCAACGAUGUCUACAUUGCUUAUGAGUUGAUGGAUACUGACCUUCAUCAAAUUAUUCGUUCAAAUCAAGGUCUCUCUGAGGAGCAUUGUCAGUAUUUCCUUUAUCAGAUUCUUCGUGGGCUAAAAUACAUACAUUCAGCAAAUGUUCUCCACAGAGACCUUAAACCAAGCAAUCUCCUCUUAAAUGCCAACUGUGAUCUGAAAAUAUGUGACUUUGGACUUGCUCGUACUACCUCAGAAACUGACUUCAUGACAGAAUAUGUUGUUACAAGAUGGUAUCGAGCACCAGAACUAUUGCUAAAUUCUUCAGAGUAUACUGCAGCAAUUGAUGUGUGGUCUGUCGGCUGCAUCUUUAUGGAGCUGAUGGACCGGAAGCCUCUAUUUCCUGGAAGGGAUCAUGUGCACCAGCUACGUCUGUUGAUGGAGCUUAUUGGCACUCCAAACGAGGCUGAUUUGGAUUUUGUGAAUGAAAAUGCAAGAAGAUAUAUUCGGCAACUCCCUCGUCAUCCACGACAGUCCUUUCCUGAAAAAUUUCCCCAUGUUCACCCUGCAGCUAUUGAUCUUGUUGAAAAGAUGUUAACAUUUGAUCCUAGGCAGAGAAUAACCGUUGAAGAAGCUCUUGCACAUCCCUACCUCGCAUCUUUGCAUGACAUCAGCGAUGAGCCAGUCUGCAUGAUGCCCUUCAGCUUUGACUUUGAGCAGCAUGCGCUCUCGGAAGAACAGAUGAAGGAACUUAUCUACCGGGAGGCCCUAGCAUUCAACCCCGAGUAUCAGCAAUAAAAUUCAUAAAAGUCUCUUAUUCACUGACGCAUUGGCAUUUUAGUCAGUGUAAUUCAUGGUCUCUUUUCUUUAAUGGAAUUGCUACCGAUUUCUUGAUGUAUAUAUAUGUGCUUCUUAAAACUGUGACCCAAAGCACAGAGACUUGGUUGAAAUCUAGGGGUUGUUGUAUUGAACCUUCUGGCUUAUUUUUGUUUGAAUUUAACUCAUCUCCUUCUUGAACAGGUCAUCAGCAAAUUUAGGUUCUCAUUCUUUGUUUGAA